AUGGAUCGCCUUGAAGUGCGAGCGUUGUUAGGCUCGGGAAUCCCAGAACUUCUAACACCCGCCAUCGUAGAGCAAGGCAUCACUGUGGACGAAUCCUUUGAUGAGGAGACUUUUCUCAAAGUUUUAGAGGAGACACUACAGCAGCAUGUGGCGUCCCUAAACCAGCAAUUUCUUGUGCUAAGCGCAGCGCGGGUAGACCGCUUGGCCUUUCGUCUAAAUGAUGCGUUGGUGCCCAAGAGAGACGCUGAGACAAAUGUUGUGCAGGCCUGGACCAUUCAGCCUCAAUUACAGCUUAAGGUGAAGGCCAGCGCUCAUCUCCAAGUGCUUAAGCUGAGUACAAUUUUGCGAGAGGUGCAGCGACUACGGCUGCAUCACUCGCAAACAGAGACAAAAGAGGUUGAAGAUCCGGUUCCGAUAGAGAUUUUUCCGUCGUUACGGGUUAUUGAGGUACUAAUGACCGAGCCUAGAGUCUUGAAGAAUGUGCACGUUUUUGCUUCCCAACUGAGAGAGCUUCAUAUUGAGCACACGAAAGUAACUACGCUAAGGCAGCUGUUGGCACCCAAUAAAGAUAGAAUCAAGCCUUGGAGGAAAUUAACCAAAUUGCAAAUGAACUGUUGUGACUUGCAUGUGGUAGACGAGUCUGUUAAUCUGCUUAAAGCAGUGAAGACACUUGACCUGGGCUGGAACAAAAUAAAUAGUGUGGAGAUCGACAUGACCACGAAGUCGCUCCAAGUACUAAAUUUGUGUCACAAUCAGUUGUUCAAUGUGCCACGGAUUCAGUCGUUGCGGGCCUUGCGGAAUUUAAAUUUGGCAGUUAACCAGAUUUUAUCGCUAAAAGGACUCGAGACACUGACCAACCUGGAACAACUGGAUAUCUCUCAUAAUUUAAUCCAUGAUAUUUCAGAAGUGGAGCAACUGACUAGACUUCCACGACUCACGUAUCUCAAGAUGGAAUUUAACCCGAUUGCGCGGCGACCAGACUAUCGACGAGAAAUGCUGUUUUACUUGGGCGUGCCAAUUGAGUUAGAUGGAAAGCGAUGGACCGACGUUGAGGUGAACAGCAUGAAAAAUCGCCGCAUGCUGACAUCAUUAGAUUAUCGGAACAUUGAGAACACCAGCUGGAGGCAGUCCGGGACUUCGGUGUAUCCUGAAGCAGGUAAUCAUGGUGAAAUAUCUGCGAAGAGCUCAAGGCUCGUGAUGGGAUAUCCCCCAUUGCCGCGAGUCAAAUCCACAGUCAUUGCUCACUUUGCUGAGAUACAGAAUCCGACGUCAACAUUUCCGACGAAGGACUUUUGGUUACGUACCUCUUCCGGAUCGACCAGCGAGAUUAGAGAUAGCUUAUCUAGGCCGUAUAGAAAUAGGCGUGAUCUGCAAGAUUAUCAAACGCCGCUUCAAACAGUUGACGAUUAUUUUCGAAAUCAGUAUCACAAUAUUAUGAGGGCUACCACCAGCGAAAGAAACAAAACGUAUGACCAGAUUACAACGAGUGAAAGAGAAGAAAGAUACGAAUCUGAAUCAAUAAUUUUUCCCCAACGUUUUCGGAUCAAUUCAUCAAAUUGCUCUAUUCGCGAAUCCGACGGUAGAAAUCUAGAUGCGGCUGAAAAUAUUAAAUGCUGUUUUGACUACGAGAUUGUCACGUCACAACCUCAAGUUUCAAACGCACAGGAUUCUGAACAAGGUAACUAUUUUCGAGUAUUGCAAAGCGCAAAAAAGGCUUUAGAGGAUGAUCUUCACGGUUGGGUCGAUGGCGUCCCGGCAAGUUCUGAUGUUAAGUCUCCAUCGGAAAGUUUUUCCGUUCGCCGCAGACCAAAUUUAAAAAAUUCUUGUCAAUGGCUUCAAUACGUCGUUGCGGUUGGUACUUUGUUGCACUCAAAUCGCGCUAAGACUAUAACGAUCAAGCUGCAAACGCGGGAGUCAUCCGAUGUGGUGGAUGCUGCUUUUCAAUUCAACGAGAUGACGUACUUCGAAGAGCUGUUGUCGCUUAUUAUUGCUCAUCUAUACAAAAAAGAAAUUUCAUUUAAAAUUCUGAUUGCGAGAUGUGCAGACGAAGGAGUUACGAUUCCAAGUAGUAUUCUGCUGGCUCCAUCGCCGAGGGAGACAAGUAUUGAAGAAUUUCAUAUCGAAGAGCCCAUUGUCAAAAACUUCAACGCCGGAUCUGGUAUGCGUGAGUGCGUCAUGAUUUCAUGCAAUGGUAUUCGUGAAAUCGCUACGCCGACGAGAGAGCAGGGGGAUGAGGAGCUGAGUGAUAAGCUGAAUGAUGCCAUUAUGCAUGCUAUGACCUCAGCGAUCAAUCCAAAUGCAUGGUAA